AUGGAGAAUACUCUUCCCAGAGUAUACAAAAUCCAGGAAGAAUUGAGAGCCACUUCUUCAAUCCCCUCUUUUUAUGACGAUGUCCUUAAAGACCGACUGGCCAUAGCUUUCACACCAAUACCGCGUCAACCUCGUCAGAAAUCCCCUCGGUCGCGACAAGCAAUUCACAGACGUUGCAAUCGAAAAGCUGCUCAAAAAGUGUAUUUGAAUGCUUUGGACUAUAAUAUACAUAUAUUCAUCGCAUUCAUUCUCGCAGUUUCGGUUAAAAAAUGCCUGUCCAUAGGCACCGCACUCUAUCAAAUUCGAAAAAUUGAGGAACCUCUGCCAUUCCAGCAGCAGACCAAGAUAAAGCUCGAGGCUCUGGCUAUAGAGGGGACAUAUCAAAAGAAUAAGCAAUAUAGAGCUUUGAUAGAAUCGCUUUUCCCGUCGAACGCGGAAGAGGCAAAACCCACCACAGAUGCAGCCGACGAUGAGGCGUGCUGGGUUUACAACGCAGCUUGCUUGGCAGCUACACGAACUCUCUUCGGUGAUGAAAUAGGAGAUGGCGUUGCAGGUGCCCCACUGCGGAUGAAAGAGAAAAGAAAAAGUGGAACCUUUGAAUUGACAGAAUUUGUGAAGACAAACUUUCCCAAGCGUGUAUUUCAGGACGCUAUUAUCUCUCUUCAAGUUGGAGAUGCCAGAAACAUUGCACGCACGUUUUUUCCGUCAGUAAGUGAUGAUUUAUUCUCAACUCUCUUUGCAGAAGAACAGGGACACGAUAAUCAAGCGAAUAUGUCGCAAACCUUGAGCAUCAAGCACGGUAUUGAUUGUGCCUACUUCACGUUCCGGGGCGCUUCUACAGCAGCUAUUGCGACGAGUUUUAGCUCAAGCCUUUUUAACGCAAUCGAGGAGAGCCAGCUGCGUGUCUGGGAAAAGGGCCAUCUUCUGCUAGAUACGACUGAUUGUCUUCUGCUUGAGGUUUCUCGUCAGCCACCAAAUCUAGGUACUUUACGAAUACGGAUUGGCUUCAAAUUGGGAACUGAUAUAGUCAAUGCGCUAUAUGCAUACAGCGACGACUGA